AUGGCGUGGUGUGAGCGCGGGGUUCAGACGCUGCUGGCGACUGUCGGGGCUUUCGCCGCCUUCAGCCUGAUGACCAUCGCCAUCGGCACGGACUACUGGCUGUACUCCCGGGCGCACAUCUGCAACACCACCAACGCCACCGCGGAGGAGUCGCAGCCCAAAACCAAGAGGGGCGACCUGACCCACUCCGGGCUGUGGCGGAUCUGCUGUAUUGAAGGCAUCAAUCAGGGCAGCUGCUUCAGGAUCAACCAUUUUCCAGACGACAAUGACUACGACACAGACAGCUCCGAAUACCUCCUGCGUAUAGUACGUGCCUCCAGUGUGUUCCCUAUCACCAGUACCAUCCUGUUGAUGCUGGGGGGGCUCUGUGUGGGGGUUGGCCGUGUCUACAGCAAGAGGAACAACAUCCUUCUCAGCGCAGGCAUCCUCUUUGUAGCAGCAGGUCUGAGCAACAUCAUCGGUAUCAUUGUCUACAUUUCCAGCAAUGCCGGCGACCCCGGUGACAAACGGGACGACGACAAGAAGUACACCUACUCCUACGGCUGGUCUUUCUACUUCGGCGCCCUGUCCUUCAUCGUGGCUGAAACCGUGGCCGUCCUCGCCAUCAACAUCUACAUAGAGAAAAAUAAGGAAAUCCGCUGGAGGGCGCGGCGCGAGUUCAUCCGCUCGCUGUCCUCCUCCUCCCCGUAUUCAAGGAUGCCGAGCUUCCGCUACCGCCGGCGGACGUCGCGCUCAAGCUCUCGCUCUACAGAGGCGUCACAGGAGAACUCGCCGGUGGGGGGCAUGAAGGGGUUGCCGUCCCCUAGCCGGCCACUGGGAGAGUUAUCCAUGUACGCCCUGGCGAGGGACAGCAUGACGGAGAACACGUACAGCCCGGAACACGAGGCGGCUGCCGAGUUCCUCCAGGUUCAUAACUGUUUCCCCAAUGACAUUAAGGACGGGGUGAAUCGUAGGACCACCCCUGUGUGAUCGGUCCGUUGCCGGAUUCAAGCUCCAGGGAG